AUGGCCACACUUCUUCCCGAAGGCAUCCAAGCGCUACUAGCCGGGCAAGGAGUAAAAAGCCCAAUCCCGAGCAUCGUGGGAACUGAUGUGCACAACAAUCCUAUCGACAUCUAUCUGUCGUAUCUUGCAGAUACCCUCGUCCAGCUCACUGACUGUUCACCUGAAGUGGCUUAUAGUUCGAUCCAGUGGCCCAAUGAAUUGGGAGACUUGGUAGUGAUUCUCCCUCGACUUAAGCUUCAGCACAAGAAUCCGAAAGCCCUCUCCACCGAACUUAAGCAGAAGUUUCCGGGAUCUCAUCUCUUCGGUCAUCCCGUGGAUGACGGUAUCCACCUUCGGUUCUUCUUCUCUCCACGUGCGCUUGGUCAAGUACUGCUGCCAUAUAUUAUCGAUCGCGGUCAAUCAUAUGGGACACCUAUCAGCUCUAGCCAACAUGACUCGGAGCUCAACAAUAUCAAGCCCAAAAAGAUCGUGGUGGAAUUCUCAUCGCCCAACCUUGGUAAAGAGUUUGAUGGCCUCCAUCUCAGAAGCACCAUCAUCGGUGCCUACCUCGCUUCUAUCUAUGAGUCAAUGGGCUGGGAAGUCACCAGGAUGAAUUUUCUUGGUGAUUGGGGCCAACAUAUUGGGUUGUUGGCAGCUGGGUGGUCUAGAUUUGGCUCUGAGGAUGCCUUGAACGCUGACCCGCUCAGACAUCUGCUGGAUGUCUACACACAGAUUGAUGAACUCUCCAGGGAUGAACAAGCCAAUUCCCAGGAGCUGCCUGCUAAUGGCCAUCUUUCAGGGAUAGCGGCAGAACGGGACGCAAAUGUUACGGCACUCGAGGGCGGUGACCCAAAUGCAUAUGCUUUGUGGAAAAGAUUCCGUGAAGUCUCGAUCCAAAGAUACACCGAUCUUUAUGCACGUAUGAAUAUUAGAUUUGACGACUAUUCUGGAGAGUCAGAGGUCAACCAUGAGACUAUUGCAGAGGUGGAACUAAGCUUGCAAGACAAAAUCGUCUUUGACGAAGCCAGAGACGGUUGGAUUAUCGAUUUCAGCACACACGAAACCAGAUUGUUAAAGACUGGCCCUGCAAAGAUCCGGAAUCGCAGAGGCCAAACUACUUACCUACUCCGGGAUAUUGCCUCUGUACUGGAUCGGAGCCGGAAAUAUGGUUUCGAUAAACUCAUAUAUGUUGUCUCCGCCAAGCAAGAUUCACACUUUCAACAGCUUUUUGCAGUACUUGAGCUGAUGGGGCAUUCGGAACUCGCCGACCGACUCCAACAUAUCAGUUUCAACGUGGCCAGAGGCCUUGUGCCACCGGAAGGUACCAGUGGACUUCUUUUCAGCGAUCUUCUCGACCAGUGUCAAAGGACCGUUCUCAACCUGUUAGCAAAUGAGCCAGAUAGGUUCUCACACUUUCGAAGGGCACAAGAUCUGGAGUUCUGUGACAGCCUUGGUGCUCUCGCCCUCAUGACGCAGGAUCUGUCUAUCAGGAGAAAGGAUGACCUCAUCUUUGAUAUACCAAAUAUUGGCAAUGUUCAAGAAGAUUCCGGAAUUGAUUUGCAAAGCUGCUUGACAAAACUAAACCGAAAGCUCGAGGGUGUCGUCAUUGACCGUGAAGACCUUGAGAAGUCGGACUACUCACUUUUUGAGGAUGAAAGCUACGCAGAAAUCCUUCGUGUUCUCAUCCAAUUUCCGACUAUCGUUAAGUCAUCGCUGGAGAAGCUAGAGUCCUCUGUGAUUGCCACAUAUUUGUUCCGCUUGGUCACACAGGUGGAGGAUAUCUUGGAAGAAGGGGAGUCAGAGGCGUCCGGCUCGAACCACAACCUCGCCCAGCUCGCUGUCUAUCAGGCUGUCCGCCAUGUCCUGGUGAAUGGGAUGCGGAUAAUUGGGCUUACACCCAUCGAAGAACCUUCUCUCCAAGAACAUUCUGGAAUUGUUCCAUUGGAGGUCCCCGCCGAGACCACUACUGAAAGAGACACUACAGCCACAGAUAUGGACAGCACACAGCCCAGCAAUGACUCUGGCCCAAUUCCUGUUGAAGCUGUCACCAUCAAUACACCCAAAGACUUAGCAGAUGUCCAUGAAGAAGCGAGUGUGGAGCCAUCCACACACCCAGUCGAGUCCACCGAAGGAGUCAUCCUGGAGGAGCCAGGAGAGACGACUGAAGAAGCUAGAGAAACCACUACGCUGGGCUUGACUGAGACUGCCCCAGUGGAAGUGGCGUCGGAUGCAAACAACCCGAGCAUUGAUGACUUAGAUCCCGAACAAGAGGCAAAUGUGGCUGUCGAGUCUGGUGUCCACCAGUCCUACACAGCUCCUGCAGAUUCUUUUCGUGAGACUGUGGAAAACUGCAAGAUCGAGGCCGAUGAGGUUACCGCAACUGAGGCACGCAUUGCCGAGAGUCAUACUACUGAGGCUGCCGCUGGUGAGACUCUCACCACUGAAGCUUCGCCUUCGGAAGCUCCUACGGUUGAGGUUCCUGCUGUUGAUACGGCUAGCGACGGAGGUGUUGGCUCGAAUGCUACGCUUGAACCCGAGGCAUUGGAAGGUCCUGCUCAGGAUACUGCCAAUCCUGCGGAGGAUGUCAAGCAUGAGGCGUCUAGCUCUACAGUGUAUGGACACUAUGAGUCUACAACCGCGAAUGAGGAACAACACAUUACGAUGCCCGAGCAUGUGGCUACAAUUGAGGCCCACUAA